CCCCUUUGUAUUACAGUUGUUGUUGCUGCUGCUGUCAACUGUUACAUGUUGAUUUGUUCAUGAAAGUGAAAAAGAUAUGUUUCGAGGAAAAGUGCAUCCUGAGCCAAAUCAGGAAAGGGGGAAAGAGGUAGCUCGCACACGUUUCAGUGGCAGACGUCGUCGUCCUAUUGAACAGGAAAAUGUUAGAGAGGAGACCAGCGCAUCUUUUCAAGGAAGUGUUCAUUCAGAUAUAGAGCAGGACAAUGAAUCUGAGGACGAAAGUUCACAAGAUGAAGACGGGAUAUCUACUGAAUCACAAGAUGAAAGCGAUUUUGCCGAUGGUAUUUCUAGCGAUGAUUCUUCUACAGAGUCUAAAUACUCCGAACAGCAAUUCGGCCAUAUUCUUGCCUUUUUCGUAUAA